AUGGCAGAGAGCACACCGGUCACCAGCAGUGGAACUAAAGUUACGUUCAAAAUAACCCUCACCAGUGAUCCUAAGCUACCGUUCAAAGUGUUGUCUGUACCUGAGUCAACACCUUUUACGGCUGUGCUCAAAUUUGCUGCUGAAGAAUUCAAGGUGCGCAGCAACUUCUUGGAUUGUAUUACGAAUGACGGAAUUGGAAUUAAUCCUUCUCAAUCAGCAGGAAAUAUUUUCUUGAAACAUGGAAGUGAGCUGCGAUUGAUUCCUAGAGAUCGAGUAGGGACAGUACUUCGAGAUAGUGAUUCUAGUCGAUUGUAG